CUUUGGAGUUUGGAUAUAAUCGCAUUUGUUCAUUGAGUCGCUGUCUCCUUCUAUCCUCACUCUCGAACUCGCCUAUGAAAUCCUGAAUUUAAUCUUAAAAGGAAUUUAAUAAUAUAGGAAAACAGGAUUACUUCGAAUUCAAGCUGCAGUUGGAUUUAGUUGCAUGAAGAAUAAGUUGAUGAUUGGAACUUGAAAGUUUGGUUGAUGGCGGCGAAUCCCCAACCACUGCAGGCGAUUCCGGUCGGCGAUCACGCGCCUCCGGCCGUAAGUUUAGAUGACGUGGAUGACGAUAACGGCACGUACGAAGAGGAUACUAUGGAUGAGGAGGAGUACAGUCGAGUAAACUCUAAGAAGCACCGCGCCGGCUCUUUGACUGAACGCCUGAAAGGCGGAGUUGUGGUGGCGUCGAGGACUAGUGAACUAACUCUUGCUUUUGAAGGUGAAGUCUAUGUUUUCCCUGCCGUCACUCCCGAGAAGGUUCAAGCAGUGCUCUUGCUUUUGGGGGGACCUGAUAUUCCUACUGCUGUGCCCACUGUUGAUGUUCCUUUGAAUAGCAAGGUUGAGGAUGAUACGCCAAAGCACCCCAAUCUUUCAAGAAGAAUAGCCUCUCUGGUUAGGUUCCGUGAGAAGAGGAAGGAGAGAUGUUAUGAUAAGAAAAUUAGAUACACUGUCCGGAAGGAGGUUGCUCAAAGGAUGCACCGGAAGAAUGGUCAAUUUGCAUCAUUGAAGGGAGGUUCAGGGUCAUCCAGUUGGGAUCCAUCGAACUGUGUCCUUGAAGAUGGUACACCGCAAUCAGAAACUGUUCCUCGUAGAUGUCACCAUUGUGGUGUUAGUGAGAAUUGUACUCCAGCAAUGCGUCGCGGGCCUGAUGGACCAAGAACACUUUGUAAUGCAUGCGGGCUAAAGUGGGCAAACAAGGGAACAUUGAGAGAUUUAAGCAAGGGAGGGAGGAUCAUUUCUCUGGAUCACAGAGAGCUGGAUACACCAACUGAUAUCAAGCCUUCUGUCCUUCAAAAUGAGAGCUUCCCUCAGAAUCAGGAUGAACUUGGAACUCCUGGAGAUCAUUUGAAAACUGCAACUCUAGGAACUCAAGAUCAUUCAGAUAAUCAUAAUGAGAAUUUGCCUGGAAAUGGCAAGGAUCGUGCUAACAAGAUUCCUGAUGUUAUUGUCCGAUCUCCAGGCCACAUUGAUGUGCAGGAAACACUAGUUGACUUUGGAAAUGGUUCUGAAACAGAGAUGGAUAUUCCUGCAAACUUUGAAUAGUAUGCCCAGUCCCCAAACUGGCAUAUUACCCAAAUUUAUUUUUAUAAAUUCUCUAACUUCUUUGUGGAAUGCAGAGGUUGGAUAUAUAUAUGAUUCUGUCAGCAGCUUGACUGUAUAUAGUUGUUGGGUUGACUUGUAACAUAUGCUAGAGUGCAUAGAAGGCAAUUUAUACUAACCACCCUUACAAGUUGUAAUAUGGGAAAAAAUGGGUGUUUAUAUUUGACUAUUUGAGUGCUGAGAUGACAUUUAUAAUUAUGGGGUAUACGGAUGUAUGAAGGGUGUCGUGGAUAAAUCAAACAAUCCCACUCAGUUUAUGUACAUAGAAAGUGUUGGUUGUGAGUA